UCAAUCCGUGGAUAAGAUAAAUAAAUUAAGAUUUUGUGUUUUGAAGUCGGCCGUCGCUACUGUUACCUUUUUUAGUCUGAGCACCGUCAACUUGGUUCUCUCCACACAUAUGCAACUGGGUUUUCAGUUUCACACCUUCACCCUUUGACCCAUAAUUAACCCAUCAACCUCCAUCUGUUUCAACUCCUUGGAUCCUUUUUUCUUUCUUCAGACAGUCGUGUAUAAGUUAGUUCUUCAUUUCUUCCAUUGUUUUACGAGUCUUGGUUGCUACCACGACCAGUUCGAAAUUUUGGUUGCUGCGAAGGGUUGGGUUAAAAGCAUAGAGGUAAAGUUUUAAGUGUAAAUAUGGCGAAUAAUAGAGAACAGGGUAACGAGGGUGACCGGAGUUACUUGGGUAAAGCGAGAAACUAUCAUUCGUUGUCAAUGCCGAUGAUGUUUUCGGGAUUGGAUAGGGAGAGGGAGAUGUCAGCCAUGAUCUCUGCUUUGACUCAAGUUGUCACCGGAGAGGAACAUGAUCACGAUCACUCGCUUCUUCAUCAAAACAAUGAUAAAAGUGGUGGUGGUGAUGGUUUUACUAUAACAUCAAACAUGGAUUCUGGUUCCAUCGCACCAUCUUCUGCAUGUUCAUCUUAUUGUGGAAACUCUGUUCCAAAGAGAAGGAGGGAAGGUGACGAUACAAGUGAUCUCCCACGUGGAACUUCUUUCCCUGCUAUUUCAACAUAUGGAGUUGGCGAAAGUUCAAGCAGGAUGAGGAAGGAAAGGAGAGAAAUGGAGAAUAAGGUAUACGAUUACGAGUACAGGGCAGAGAAGGUGGGAAUGGAAGAGGAACCAAAAAGGAAAUACAGAGGAGUGAGGCAGAGGCCAUGGGGGAAAUGGGCUGCGGAAAUAAGGGACCCAUUCAAGGCUACCAGAGUGUGGUUAGGAACAUUCGAGACCGCUGAAGAUGCAGCCAGAGCCUACGAUGAAGCUUCCUUACGUUUCAGAGGCAACAAAGCCAAACUCAACUUCCCCGAAAAUGUCAGGCUCAGACACCGAUCACCGGAACCACCACCAGCCGCACCCCUUUUCUCCAUUCCGUCUACAACUGAACCCAUUGUUCACACUCAACCUCAGGGUUCACAUGAUUCCGGCAACUUUUAUGAAUAUUGUUAUUCGCAUGUACAUGAGUUUCCCGUGAGCCUCUAUGAUCAGGUUGCCGUCUCAUCAUCAUUCUCUGUGGCGGCUUCUCAUCUUCAAUCUUCACCUUCAUAUUCUUCUUCCUCAACUAUCUCUUCUUCCCAACCGUCUCUACUUUCCCCUCAUGCUACGCAUCUAUCCCCAUGGUCUUCUGCGCCUGAUUACACUAAGACCUCCCAUCCUUCCUCCUCCUAGCUAUAUACUCUUUAUUCAUUUGUUCAGGACGUUAAUUACGAACAAUUUCACUUGUCACUAUUUUUGCGGGAUAUCCCUUUCCAACAAAAUUUUAUUUAACACGAGUGUUAAAUUUU